UUCUUUUGCCUCAUGUCAUGUUUCCUCUUCUUCUAUUCUUCUUCUAUCUUCGGUUCGCUGUUGUUUUCACUGCAAAACUGUUCUGUUUCUCUAGAUUCAGCACUGUUUUAUUCAAACAAAUUCAAACACGGUUACCCUUUUCACUAUUUGCAUCAAAAUCUAAUACUUUUAGUUAAAUGCUGCGACCAUAUCACCAGAAUUUGCUGGAGACAAAGGAGGGAACCAUUUCUGUGGCUUCUGCAUUUUCUGGACAUCAGGAAGCUGUUCAGGAUAGAGAUCACAAAUUCUUAACCAAAGCUGUUGAAGAAGCGUAUAAAGGGGUUGAAUGUGGACAUGGUGGUCCUUUUGGUGCUGUUGUUGUGCAUAAGGAUGAAGUUGUUGUGAGUUGUCAUAACAUGGUUUUGAAGAAUACAGAUCCUACUGCUCAUGCGGAGGUCACUGCAGUAAGAGAGGCAUGUAAGAAGCUCAACAAGAUUGAGCUUUCGGACUGUGAAAUAUAUGCCUCCUGUGAGCCUUGCCCCAUGUGCUUUGGUGCAAUCCACCUUUCACGAAUUAAGAGGCUGGUUUAUGGAGCCAAGGCUGAAGCCGCCAUUGCUAUUGGGUUUGAUGAUUUUAUUGCAGAUGCAUUAAGGGGAACUGGGUUCUAUCAGAAGGCUCAAUUGGAGAUCAAAAGAGCUGAUGGCAAUGGGGCUGCCAUAGCAGAACAGGUGUUUGAGAAGACAAAGGAAAAAUUCAGGAUGUAUUAAUUUCUUGUGUUGGCCUUUGAUUGGUUGUAAUUAACAAUUCAUCCAUUCAGUAUAUUGGCAUAAUUUUUAAGGCCAUUGUUUAAUAAUUGAUAAACUAUUAAAGUUUGAAAUGUUGAUAUGGUAUCUGAUAAACACAACAGAAAUGUUUAUAUAUAUGCUCUGUUACAGCAAUAACAGAAUUUAUUUAAGUUGUGAA